AUUUACAGAUUAAGUUCAUUAUAUCAAGAUGAAUGCCUUUGCAGUUGUGAUCAUUAUAGGAUACUUCAGCACAGGAGAAUCAUAUACAAAAUACGGACGAUCUUGUAAAGACAUAGGUUGCCCCAGUAAUCAAAAAUGUGUUAUGGAGACCGAUCCAUGCAGCUAUUACCAAAGACAAGGGGAAUGUGGAUCGUAUCCAACGUGUAAGAGGGACACAAAUUCGGCUGCCAGAACGUGUGCGACUUACGUGUGUCCCCCUACAAAAGUAUGUAAAAUGGAUGGUGAUACACCUAAAUGUGUAGAUGACCAUAGCCAAGUUGGUCUUGCCGGAUAUGACACACAAAGUCAGAAUGUUAUUGGCCAGCAACACUCUGGCGGAUCACAACUGUAUCCCAGCAUACCGAGAGGAGAAACAACGCCCAGACCAAACAUUCAUCGCCAAUCAAUGAGUGGAGGAUACCAAGGUGGCCAGAUAGGAUCUGGAUAUCCGGGACAGCAAUAUUCAAAUAAUAGAGGUGGAUAUCCACAGCAAGCCGGAUAUCCCCAGCAAGCCGGAUAUCCCCAUCAAGGGGGAUACCCACAACAGGGUUAUCCACAGGGAUAUCCAAGUCAAGGCAGUUACCCGCAAUAUCCUGGCUAUCAACAAGGAGGUUAUCAACAAGGAGGUUAUCCACAAGGCGGCUACCAACAAGGAUAUGGCCGUCCAUCAUCAGGAUCAACCGGAAACUCCUUCACCGAUCAGAUUAGCAACUCUCUCAAAUCGAUAGGUACUGAUUUACUGAAAAAUGCUUUGAGUAAAGCUUUGUCAGGAAAAAACUGAAUAUAUGUGCUGUUCACUAAUUUUACUAAUUUACUCAUAUCAAACUGUUUCUAUAUUCAUUUUGUUAGUUUUCCAAAAUAUUGUACACAUAUUUAAUUUUGUGAUAUUCUUCAAUGUAAAUAGAAAAUUAUUUUAUGUCUAAUUACCAACUAAUAUGACAAUGAACAACAAUAUCUUUAUUGCAAAUAAAUUGAACACAGUGUUCUUUAAUUAUAUGUGAAUAUUUAAGAGUAAAAAUCUACAUAAAAAUAUAAAGAUAUGUUGCUCUAUAACCGGUGGUCCAAAAAUGCGGAGCGUUUUUUCGGAUUUGCAAGAUUAGUACCCAAAACCUCCAUGUCAAGUUUUCGAUGGCCCAAUCUGUAUAUUCCAUUGUUUUCUUAAAACUUCAACACCUCUUAUUAGCAUAACGAAACAUUUUUGGACCAUAUUUUGUAUAACAUAUCAUUAUUUUUCUAUGUAGAUUUACACCCUUGAAUAUACGCAUAUCAAUUAGGAACGCCCUGUGUAUGUUUUUAACGCUA